AUGAUUCUGGGUCCUAACCAUCAAGAGAUAUGUCAUGAUUCUUUUUCCGUUGCCUCAGAUGGGGUAUCUCAUCUCAAGAGUAGCAACACAACACACCCUGGGGCCUCUCAUGGCCCCACUGUCAUUAUGGGCUCUGCUCAACACCUGAAGCCCCCUUCUCUCCACAACACCUCGGGGGGCAAUACUAACCCAGCAUCAAGCUCUGCAACUUCUGUGGUCCCCAAGUCCUUGGUACAUACUCCCAAGACCGAGAUGGCGCUCUUACUUGAAAACUUGGACUCUUUUAUUGCUGUCGGUGUUUUGGAGAAGCCGAGUGCGGAUCUCGAGGGUAUUAACCCUGCCAACGGAUUCCCUGGUGCGGAAAUCGCCAACCUAGAGAAGCACAACUGGAUAAGGACUACGACUCAUAAGAAUCCACAAAUCAGUAACGUUUCUCAUGUCCGAGUUUAUGUUUUGCCUGACGAUGUUGGACGGAAGUUCAUCCCGCGGUCUAGCACCGGGCUGAGAAGAGCGCUCAAGAUCGUGAUGUCCAGGGUGGAUCCUUCACCAAAGGCUUGGGCUGGAGAAGAGAUGUCGGAUGAGAGGAUAGUGAAUUUUUCUCCCGUGAGCGCCGACGAUGAGUCUCUGUGGUAUAUCUUCAAUACCCUUCAGGAUCCGAGCCCUGCUGUGGAGACGAUGCGAAACCCAUAUGCCAAACAGGCCAUGCAGGAUAUGCUUUCCACAACUUCUCCAUAUCAAAACGAGGCUGAAGAAGGAAAGACAUUUACUGGUGUUUUGGGGCUCACGACCCCGCUGUAUCCAUAUCAGCGCCGUUCCGCGGCCACGAUGAUUCAGCGUGAAGUGCAACCGCAUCAAAUGCUUGAUCCACGACUACAGUCCUGUAUGAGCCCGACAGGUCAGGAAUACUACUAUGACAGAGAAAGGGGGAAUAUUGUGCGGGAGAAGAAAAUGUAUUCGGAAGCCUGUGGGGGAAUUCUCGCCGAGACUAUGGGCUGCGGCAAAACUUUGAUUUGUCUGGCUGUGAUUUUGGCUACUCGUGGCCACUUCCCGCAAAUUCCUCUUGAGUAUCAGUCUAUGCAAAACCUAGAGAGACCUCGAACAGGUAGCCUUCUCGAGAUGACGGCGGCAACUGCUGGUCGAUUGUCCGUGCCGUGGAAAGCGCAUUUUGACCACUUGGCUGAGAUGGGAGAGAUUUACGAUAGGUGCAUUAAAGCCUGCGAGACCAACCGUGGCUCGUAUGCUAUUACUCCUUCUACAGGGAGAUAUACAGGCCGUGCGGCGGUCGAAUCUCCUCGUUUGGCUGAACAGCGCAUCCAUCUUUGUUCUGGGACCCUAAUAAUCGUGCCUCCUAACCUCCUGGAUCACUGGAUAGGCGAAAUUGAGGUGCAUACAGAGGGCUUGAAGGUUUUUACGUUGCGUAGUACUGCAGACGUGAUACAGUCGUCUGAAGAACUCUUCGCAUAUGAUAUCGUUCUCUUCUCGAGAACUAGAUUCGAGAAAGAGGCAGAUGACAAGAAACCUUCACCGUUGACAAAACUGCAUUGGCUGAGGGUUAUCGUCGAUGAAGGACACAACGUGGCUGGCCACGGACAUAAGACGACUAUGACACACCUUCUUGAUCAGAUUAGUGUUGAGAGACGAUGGGUUGUAUCUGGGACUCCGUCCAGCGGGCUGUACGGAGUUGAAGUUAGCUUGGCCUCUCAGGAAACACACACAACCGACACCGAUUUGACCGAGGCGACCACAGCCGUGCUCCGCGGGAGGAAGAAGACUGGGAAAUCUGUCGAUAAUGAGUUCAAAGACCUGGAUAAGCUGCGUCUGAUAGUUGUUGAAUUCUUGGGUCUCAAGCCUUGGUCCAACUCUAGAAACGACGACCCCGCCAAUUGGACAACGUAUAUCAAACCCGUCGGACCCGAUGGAAAGCGACGAAAGGCUCCGUCUCUGCGAGCAACCUUACAAAGCCUGGUUGUUCGCCACCAGCUGGAUGUUAUCCACAAUGAGAUUCCCCUGCCGCGGUUGCACAACAAGGUGGUGCAUCUGGAACCAACAUUCUACGACAAGCUGAGUCUGAACUUGUUCAUCUUCAUCCUUGCCGUCAACGCAGUCACGUCAGAGAGACAGGAUCAAGAUUACAUGUUUCAUCCACGGAACCGCAAACAUCUCAGCCGUGUUAUUAGCAAUUUGCGGCAAGCUGGUUUCUGGUGGGCGGGCUCAGACUUUGAGUUGCAAGGAACCGUCGAUGUCGCUGUCAAAUAUCUUGAGGACAACAGAGAGAAGAUGAGUAAAUAUGAUAUUGCAAUUCUUACGCAAGGAAUUGCAAUUGCACAAAUUGCGCUUGACUCUGGUGGCUGGAAUGGAUUUAAGAAGAUGCAUGAGUUGGGUGUUUUCGUUUCGAAUUUCCCACCAGAGGCCCGGAAUUUCUGGGCAUUAGAUCCAGCUCAGUCUAAUCGAGAGCCUUUGCUGUUAGGCAUCUCUCAAGCGCGUUUGGCUCAACAGUUUGUCACAAAGCAUCUAGGAGCUUGCGAUCCGGCCGAGGGCUUAGCUGGUGCGGGUAUCAAGAUCCGUAGCGAGCUGUCCAACCGUGAAGGAUUUGACGCCUCAACUACGCCCAAAAAGACUACACCUGAAAGCCCAGUCAAGAGCAAGGCCAAGGAGACCUUUCUGAAAGGCUUUUACAAGGAACUGUCUCCAGAAUCGCCGCUCAUCCGAACCGAGCUAAUCGCUACAGCAUCAGCCAAGUUAACCUACCUGCUAGACCAGGUUCAGGAACACCACAAGGAGGAAAAGAUCAUCAUCUUCUAUGACAACAAUAACUCUGCAUACUGGAUUGCUGAGGGUCUUGAACUCCUCGGAAUUGAUUUCCGCAUUUACGCCAACACCUUGAAACCAGCGCUUCGUGAAGAAUAUCUCACCUUGUUCCGCGAGUCCGACCACAUCCGCGUGCUGCUAAUGGAUCUUCGUCAAGCCUCGCAUGGUCUCCACAUUGCACACGCAUCGAGGGUUUACAUUGUCAACCCUAUUUGGCAGCCAAAUAUCGAGAGCCAAGCAAUCAAGCGUGCCCACCGCAUUGGACAAACCCGUCCUGUAUUCGUGGAGACCCUCGUCCUCCGAGGCACACUGGAGGACAAGAUUCUUCAACGCCGAAAGGCAAUGUCCGACACAGAAAUACAGAAUGACCUCUUAGACGACAGCACUAUGAGUUCAAUAAUCCGGCACGAGCGCUUCCUCCCCAUGCCAUUCCAUGAAAGCUUGGCAUCUCUCGCAUAUCUUAAGCAUCCUACAGGCUUUUUCGACAAGCACCAUCUCCCAGUUCCAGAUAGUGCUGGAGCUAAUACCGGAGCGGGGCCUGAGUAUAAAAUCCCCACAACACCGCCGAAACGGAAACGCAGUGUCAACUUAGGCUUUAAUUUAGAGCCGGAUCUUCUCACGCCAAAGCGACGACGAACUCCCCCGCGCUUGCAAUUUCGUGAUGCGAAUGGGAUAAUCAUGAAUUCGCCGAGCCCACGACGGAGUGUCACUCCUACCCCCACCACCUUGUUCAAUUUGCCAUGA